UUUUUUUUUUGCACGGCGGCCCGGAUUAACUCCACAUAAACACUCCUGCUGCUUUUCCGAUGCGACGUGAUUUUUUGUGUUUUCCUUCCUCGUUGAUCCACUCGUAACGAGUCUGCCGGACGACGUGAACGUGCCCGUGAUGUGAUUAGAAGACCGCUCGUGCUCUGUGUUUCUUUUUUUUUUCUUUUUUGGAGAGUACGCGGAUGUGAUGCGGAGCCCGAACUGAUGUUUAUUAUUUUUAUUAAUAUUAGCUCAGCUAGCCUGCUGCACCACUUCUCUCCUGGACGACUCUGAGGAGAGGGGAAAAAACGACAAAAGAUAAUAAUAAUGACGUUGUGGAAUCAUGAGCGUCAGGCGGGAGCUCGCGCUGAUCGAUAGUAUCGGUAAUAUCGGAGCUGUGACUCGGCACGAGCGGCGCCUCGAGCUCCGCGCGCGCUGCGACGCAAUCUGAGGGAAUUAGCCACAGUGCUAACGCUUUUAGUCGCGUUCGCAACAAACACACAAAACCGUGUGUGGGAGCGGGCCUGUUAUAAACAACGCUCCUUAUUCAUUUUCUUUUUUGUUUUCUCACACACACACACACACGCGCGCGCACAUGUCGUUGUCAGUUACAGUAGUCUCACAGGAAUAUUUUUAACGUUAUUUCCCCCUGACACAGCUAGCAUUGCGCAGCCUCACAUUAGCAGCCGCAGACUCUAAUGGGACCUGAGAAGUUUCUCUAAAACGCAUUUUUUUUUCACGGUAUAUCUCUUUUUCUCUCUCACACACACACACAACUUGGAGAAAAUGUCGGAAAACGCACCUACACGGAGCCUGGAUGAGAUCGACCUGGCAGCCCUGAGGGAUCCAGCGGGAAUCUUUGAGCUGGUGGAAGUCGUGGGCAAUGGUACCUACGGGCAGGUGUACAAGGGGCGCCAUGUGAAGACGGGACAACUGGCUGCUAUAAAGGUGAUGGACGUCACCGAGGAGGAAGAGGAGGAGAUCAAGGCCGAGAUCAACAUGCUGAAGAAGUACAGUCACCACCGCAACAUCGCCACCUACUAUGGCGCCUUCGUCAAGAAGAGCCCGCCCGGGCACGAUGACCAGCUCUGGCUGGUGAUGGAGUUCUGUGGUGCCGGCUCGGUAACAGACCUGGUCAAGAACACUAAAGGAAACUCUCUGAAGGAGGACUGGAUCGCUUACAUCUGCAGAGAGAUUCUGAGGGGUCUGUCGCACCUCCAUGCACACAAGGUCAUCCACAGAGACAUCAAAGGCCAGAAUGUCCUCCUGACUGAGAACGCAGAGGUCAAGCUCGUGGACUUUGGUGUGAGCGCUCAGCUCGACCGGACCGUAGGCAGAAGGAACACCUUCAUCGGCACGCCCUACUGGAUGGCCCCUGAGGUCAUUGCCUGUGACGAGAACCCUGACUCCACCUACGACUACAGGAGCGACAUUUGGUCUUUGGGAAUCACAGCGAUAGAGAUGGCAGAGGGCGCCCCCCCGCUGUGCGAUAUGCACCCUAUGAGAGCCCUCUUCCUCAUCCCGCGAAAUCCUCCUCCAAAACUCAAGUCCAAGAAAUGGUCCAAAAAGUUCAUAGACUUUAUCGAGGGCUGCCUGGUGAAGACCUACCCGAGCCGCCCGUCCACCGAGCAGCUGCUGAAGCACUCGUUCAUCCGCGAUCAGCCGACCGAGCGGCAGGUCCGCAUCCAGCUCAAAGACCACAUUGACCGCACUCGCAAGAAGCGUGGAGAAAAGGAGGAGACGGAGUACGAGUACAGCGGCAGCGACGAAGAAGAUGAGAACAGAGGUGAUGAAAGAGAGUCCAGCUCCAUCCUGAACGUUCCAGGCGAGUCGACUCUGAGGCGGGACUUCCUGCGGCUGCAGCAGGAGAAUAAGGAGCGCUCGGAGGCGCUAAAGCGGCAGCAGGCCCAGCUGGCUGCGCAGCGGCGCGACCCAGAAGAGCACAAGCGUCAGCUCCUUCAUGACCGCCAAAAACGUAUAGAGGAGCAGAAGGAGCAGCGGCGGAGGCUCGAGGAGCAACAGAGGAAGGAGCGCGAGAUGGUGAGGCAGCAGGAGAAGGCUCCUCACCGGAGACUCGACGAUAUGAGGCGGGAGGAGGACCGCAGGAUGGCCGAGAGAGAGCAGGAGUUUAUAAGGCAUAAGCUGGAGGAAGAGCAGAGACAAUUAGAAAUCCUUCAGCAGCAGCUUCUUCAGGAGCAGGCCUUGCUUAUGGAGUAUAAGAGGAAGCAGCUGGAGGAGCAGAGGCAGUCGGAGAGGCUGCAGAGGCAGCUGCAGCAGGAGCACGCUUACCUAGUCUCCCUGCAACAACAACAACAACAACAACAACAGCAGCAGCAACAACAACAACAGCAACAGCAGGAGAAGAAACCGCUUUAUCAUUACAGCAAGAACCUGGAUAACAACAAGCCAGCCUGGGCCAGAGAGGUGGAGGAGAGGAGUAAACUGAACAGACAGGGCUCGCCCAAAAUCUGCACCACGGUCUCCGAUACCAACAUCCAAUCACGCUCGGACUCCGUAAGCCAAUCAGGAAGCGUGCAGGCUGCACAGACCCCGCCUAUGCAGAGACCUGUCGAACCCCAAGGAGGCCAGGGCAAGAUGGCACACUUGGUGCCUCUGAAGCCAUAUGCCGCGCCUGUGCCGCGCUCCCAGUCCCUCUGCGAUCAGCCCACUAAGACCAUGUCCGCCUUCCCCACCCAGGACCCCUCCCCCACCCCAACGCCUCGUCCGCUGCACUCCCGUGAGCUGGUCCGGCAGAAUUCGGACCCGACGUCUGAGAGCCCUGCCCCUCAGCAACGCCCGGCAAGAGACGACCACGGCCCGUGGAUUCGCCUUCCCGAGAUCGAACAGCCUCCAAAAAUUCCUCAACGAACCGCGUCUAUAGCUACGGCUCUUAAUACUAACCUGUCCUCUGGGAUCAGACACCCAGUACGAGCCAGCAAUCCAGAUCUGAGUCGCAAUGACCGCUGGGAGCGAGGAGACAGCAUGAACCUCAUGUCCAACCUGCCUCAGACCGGCUCCCUCGAGAGACACCGUAUCCUCAGUUCGUCCAAAAUGGACUCGUCUCCCAUUCUCUCGAACGACGGACGACACAAACCUGGAGAAUCCCGCACCUCUUCCAGACCUAGCAGACCAGCGAGCUAUAAGAGAGCAAUAGGAGAGGAUCACGGGCUGUACUCGAAGGAGCGUGUGGAGGAGCAGCCUCGUCCUCCGGUGAAGGCCAACGACUACUCGUCUUCCUCUGAGAGCAGCGAGAGCAGUGAGGAGAGCGAGAGCGGAGAGGGACAGGAAGAAGAGUCUCCCACUGACCGACCACGAGACCCAGACUCUGACUCGGUGAACACCAUGGUGGUCCAUGAGGAAGAGGAAGGUAACGGAGGAGACGAAGAGCGGGCUGGAGGUUAUGGUGAUCAGACCAUGCUUGUUCAGAGGACUCCUGAGAAGCGCAGUCAUAACGGAUACACUAAUCUGCCCGACGUUGUUCAGCCGUCCCACUCCCCGACCGACUCCGCGUCACACUCCUCUCCUGGAAAAGACUCCACCUAUGACUAUCAGUCCAGAGGUUUGGUUAAGGCUUCUGGGAAAUCCUCCUUCACCACGUUCGUGGAUCUCGGGAUGUACCAGCCGUCAGGUGGAACAGGGGAACCCAUCUCAGUGGGAGGUCUGACUUCUCGGUUUGACCAGCUGAAGCUGGAAGUACGAAAAGGCUCCAUGGUUAACGUGAACCCUACAAACACUCGCCCCGUCAGUGACACCCCUGAAAUCCGCAAAUACAAGAAGAGGUUUAACUCCGAGAUCCUGUGUGCUGCACUCUGGGGUGUAAACUUACUGGUCGGGACAGAGAACGGUCUGAAGCUGUUGGACCGCAGCGGACAAGGCAAAGUCUAUCCGCUCAUCAAUUCCCGCAGGUUCCAGCAGAUGGACGUGCUUGAAGGACUUAACCUGCUUAUCACGAUUUCAGGAAAAAAGAACAAGGUGCGUGUGUAUUAUCUGGCCUGGCUGAGGAAUAAGAUCCUCCAUAAUGACCCCGAGGUGGAGAAGAAGCAGGGCUGGACCACCGUAGGGGAGAUGGAGGGCUGCGUGCACUACAAAGUGGUAAAGUACGAGCGGAUUAAGUUCUUGGUAAUUGCUUUGAAGAAUGCGGUGGAGGUGUAUGCCUGGGCCCCCAAACCAUACCACAAAUUUAUGGCCUUCAAGUCGUUUACUGACCUCCCUCACCGCCCUCAGCUGGUUGACCUGACUGUGGAGGAAGGUCAGAGGUUAAAGGUUAUCUACGGUUCCAGCGCCGGCUUCCACGCCAUAGACGUCGAUUCCGGAAACAACUACGACAUCUACAUUCCUGUCCACAUCCAGUCUCAGGUGACUCCGCACGCGAUUGUCUUCCUGCCCAGCUCUGACGGAAUGGAGAUGCUGCUGUGUUAUGAGGACGAAGGAGUGUACGUCAACACGUACGGCCGCAUCAUCAAAGACGUCGUGCUGCAGUGGGGAGAAAUGCCGACUUCUGUCGCUCACAUCUGUUCUAAUCAGAUCAUGGGCUGGGGCGAGAAGGCUAUAGAGAUCCGCUCGGUGGAGACGGGUCACCUGGAUGGGGUGUUCAUGCACAAGCGAGCUCAGAGACUCAAAUUCCUGUGUGAGAGGAACGACAAGGUGUUCUUUGCGUCAGUGAGGUCUGGAGGAAGCAGUCAGGUCUACUUCAUGACCCUGAACAGGAACUGCAUUAUGAACUGGUGAUGGAGCAGCCGUGUGAUCACUGAUCCCCCUCCACUCUUUAUCUAUAUAUCUUUCUCUCUAUUUCUCUCUCUUUCUCUCACACACACACACACACACACACACUGUAUAUAUAGGUACAGUGCCCACUUGCUUUUCCCUCACACGCAAUCGCACAACUCCCAGAAGCGCGCACACACGCGCACACGCACACAUCACUCAUGCUCUAGACUGCACUUCAUUAGCAGUAAUGGUUGUUCUUUUAACAAUGAGCUUGCUGUACAAACAUUUUUUGGGGAUUGUGAGUGUGUGUGUGUGGAUACCAAAUCGCUUUACUUCCUUAUAGCACCAGAACAAAAAUAGUCCUUCUCUUUUAUUAUUACCGUUUGCUCUUUUUCCUUUUUUUUUUUUUUUUUUUUGCUUAGAGCUUUUACUUCACUUUUCAUUCCCACUUUACCACCGUCACUGAAAAGAGAUGAAGACACAGGAGUGGCGCAUGAAGACGAUCAGCCCUGGGCGUUUUUUUCUUUUUCUUUUUUGUAUUCGCCGUGGUUGUCAUCGCCGCCUCCUGCUGCUCACGUGGUGGUACUGCAGCACCUGUAAUUUUCCAUUCUCACACACUGUACUGUAAUUCAGUAGCCUAGUCUGAGCUCUCUCUCUUUCUCGCUCUCCCCCCCCUCUCUCUCUCUCUCUCUCUCUCUCUCUCUCAUGAUCAUGUUAUUAUUUUAAGUUUGUAAGUUUUUUUUUUUCCCUUUGGCUCUGCAAGCCGAAUGGGAUCGAACAGAAUCUGUCAAUCAGUUAUACUAUAGGUGACGCUUAAAAAAAAAAAAAAAAAAAAAGAAUAAUAAAUCUGGGUUACGCUUUUGUCUUUUUUUCUUUUUUUUUUUUUGCGCUCGUACAGCACAGAAGUGCAAUCGUUAUUCCAAGCACUCUCUGAUUUAGCCUUGGAGAAUGCUGUUUUUUCUUUCUUUCUUUCUCUCUCUUUCUCUUUUUUUUUUUUUUUUGUCAGAAGUUCCAGUAUAUCUCGGGCUGUUUGAUAUUCUCUGUAUGUAUAGGUAUUUGGUAUUAUUCCUACUUUAAUAAUCUCUUGCUGUUCUAUUGCAAUACGUGCUGUAAUUGUGCCGUUCUCGUAAAAAAAAACAAAUAACAUGUUUUCACAAGGGGGAGUUCCUCUUUAACCGGUCAGAUUAACGAGGUCAGGGAGAAGUAGUUUUUUUUUCUUUUCUUUUUUUUUCCCUCAAUUUUGAGUUUUUUUUUUUGGCAGCAGAAAUGAGUGCUUCGUUUGUGGGCUAAACAGGUAAAUGGUUAAAGCAAUGUAUCAUGUAAACGGCAAGGGUGGCAAACAUUUGUCUGGUGGGGGAACGUACGUGAGGCAGCUUUUUCUGCACUUCAGCUCUAUUAAUUUGUGAGCAUGGACUCAUUUGUUCCCUGAAAUGUUUUUUUUUUUUGGAUAAUUUCAUUUAAUCCUCUGAUGUGUAUAUUAAUCUAAUUUCUGCUGCCAAAAAAAAACCCUGGUGAGACAUAUACAAGACCGACAAAAACGCUUUUUCGACUCGGUGUGCAUGGGAUAAGGAGCGAUCUUCAUGUUCUUUGAUGAAGAAAAAAAAAUUUUUUUCAGAUGUAUUAUUUCACAUUAUUAUUAGAUUUAUGAGUUUAUUAUUUUUUUUAAUUAUUUGUUUAAGCGUGACUUUGGCUUGGAUUUGCGUGCGCGUAUGUAUGAGUGCGAGACUGUACUAGAACAUACAUAGUGUGGUCCAAAGCAAUAGCAGUGUGACUGGCGAGCUCGAGCGCCCUCUGCUCUUCUCUUUGCUCGUUAGCUUUGCAAUACUUAAAAAAAAAUAUAUAAUAAUAAUUAAAAACAUCACAGCAACAAUGACAACUUCUCCCCUCUCACAAUUUUACGAGCUAAAAUAGUUCACUGCACAUCACAAAUCUAAAAAUGUUAUGUAUUUGCUUCAGGUUUUUUUUUUUUUUUUUUGUAAAGCGCUUUUUCAGCAGUAGACCUCGUCAUAACGUCCUAAGGAGUCGAACCUGAGACUACAUGAAGGAGAAGCUUUUAUAGGUCGAAAGGGAUUCUCUCCUGGAGGGGUGAGCACAGGACCGUCAAGGUGACGAUGAAGAUGGUGAUGAUGGUGGUGAUUCCAGCUGCAGUAAAUAGAUUUAGCAUUAAUUAUAGCUUUUGUUUCCAUUUCAGAGAAUAAAUCGUUAAUGCCAGAAAUAUAUCUAUAUAUGAUAAAAGUUGUUAAUGAGAGAUUGUAACGUAUCGAAUACGCGUAUAUAUCUACAGUAAAAAGCACUUUUAUCUCGGCUUUUCUAUUGGCUGAGACACAAAGACAUGUUUAGUUUUAUAUCUUCAUGAACGAGAGUCGAAUUGCAAUGAGAGAAAUGGAUUUCCAAACUUCUAGGUGUGUCUUUAGGAAACAUUUUUAGGGGUAAAAGUGACCUGUAGAGCAAUAGAAAGGGGGUGUUCGGGGCAAACUGGAACUUUUGAUCGCGCAGAAUAAAAGAGAAGACGUAAUAUAUAAUCCCCUGCUACACUUAUGCACUUAUCUGAGGGUUUCACUAGUGCUUUGACAUCAUGUACAUUAUUCUCAGUACAUCGGAGCCUGAUUGAUGUCUGAAACGCCGGCCUCACAGGAACUCCUGGAAGUGAGCACAGGACAGUACGGGUGCUGCGGCGAUUACUCUUACAUGAGUUUAAAAUGUUGGCAUUGUUCAAACGUUUUACUGUGGCUAGGAGUCUUAUCACCGUACUGUCCUUGAAGUCUUCUGUAAUCGUCAGUCGAUUUUAAAACUCUUUCAUGAGAAAUUUCAUCACAGGUCCCGGGUUGACUUGAACAUGCCCCCUUAAUUCCUGGGAGCCGAACACCAGAGCGCGAUCCAUUUUCAACAAAAAAAUUUACAUAAAAUUUGAUUUCUUAUAGUAUUUUUCAACUUUAUUCCAAUCGCAGCGAUUAUUAAUGCUAGAUUGAAUAUGUGGAGAUUUGUGUAGGUAUUUCUGAAAAAAAAAAAAGUAUAUAUAUAAUAAAUCCAUGAGUCGUUGGCGAGAUUGCUCUACGUGCCCCAGUGACCGAAUCAGCAGAUGCCGGAAACAGAAAGUGACUUGGUUGAUUGAAAAAGGAAAAAAAAUGGAUAUUUUUUUGUCUAAAUUAGAGCUAAUUACUUCAAUACUUAGGAGCUUUUUACACAAACCCUGCUCCUAAAAUGUUAAUGUGAUAUGUUCCUUAUGUGCUCUUUACCCCACACACACACUGUUUAAUAACGUUGACGCCCCGUUUGAACUGCCAUGUUUACCGUUAUAGCAGUGCCUUGGAGCCGGGAUGCGGGUGUGUGUGUGUCUGUGUAUGUGUCUUAGCAUAGCAAAGGAUGCUUUAUAUUUUCUCCUUUUUUUUCCCCAGUAAUAUCAUUUUAAAGCCCCGCCCCCUUUCCUUUUUAUCACCACCACUAAUGACAACCAGUUGCAUUAAUAGUUCAGGGAAGAAGUAUUUAAAAAAAAAAAAAAAUUAAAGCUAGUGCAAUCAGAGACGUAUCUCACGUCAAAGAAAGUGCCCUUAAACUGACGACGAGUUCAGGCCUAGAAGCCAUCGCAUUCGGGAAAAGCAUUUUUACCCCCCUAGAGUUUAAAGCGUCACACGCCAGGAUUAGGGGGUUGGGAACCUUCAGCUGACAAAGACCGAUGAAAUGAUGAGUGUUAAAGAGAUUAUGAAUAGAAACUGACUGGGUUUUUUUCUUUAUGCAUCAUGGCAUUAGUGGCCAAAGAGUAUUAAUGUAAAUGUCCUGUCAGUUUUUAUUAUUUUUAAUAAUUGGGUCGUAGUUUUACAAAAUGAAUGCAAACCUCUCAGAUCAAAGUCUUUUCCCCGUCUUAUUUCAGGUUGGAAUGAGAACUUUUCCAAUCCUAAGCAAAAUCC